AUAAUUUAGUAACCUAUAAAUUUUGAAAAGAGAAGUGCGAAGUGCCAGAUAGUGAUAACAUUUAAAAAUCGAAUUCAAAAAUGGAAGAUGAAAGAGUUAAUCGUUUCAAAACCGAAGCAAAAUUUCGUAAUGUACCUAAGAAAUCCAGAAAGGUAAAAAUUGAUAAGAGGUUUCAGUCUAUGUUCAAAGAUGAACAAUUCAAAGAGAGUUAUUCAAUUGAUAAGAGAGGAAGGCCUAUUAAACACAGUAGUGAUAAAGAUUUGAGACGAUAUUACCAUUUAAGUUCAUCGGAUGAGAGCUCUUCUGAGGAUGAAAAAGAAAGUCAAGCAGAAGAUUUGGGAAAAAAUCAAACCGGAGACAAGAAUGUUUCGGAUGAAAUAAAAAAGAAAUUGAAAAAUUUGAAGGUGGAUUAUGCCAGAGGGGAACAGACUUUGUUAGAGAGCUCAUCAGAUGAUGAGGAGUCUGAAGAAGAAUAUGAAGAGGAAGAUACUAUAGAACAUAAAUGGGGGGAAUUGGACGCUGAUGCAGAAAAAACCGAUACGGUAACAAAUCGCUUAGCAAUUUGUAAUAUGGAUUGGGAUAGGAUAACAGCAGUGGAUAUAAUGGUCUUAUUGAACUCCUUUCUGCCUCCUGGAGGUGUAAUAGAAAGUGUAAAAAUUUAUGUUUCUGAGUUUGGAAAGAAAAGAUUAGUGGAAGAAGACAUUUCAGGUCCACCUGAAUUAAGAGAAACUAAACUUGAUGAUGAAGAUGAGGAAACUGAAGAGGGCUCAAAAUAUCACAUGGAGAAGCUUCGUCAGUACCAGUUAAAUCGUUUGAAAUAUUAUUAUGCUGUUGUAACAUUCAAUAAUGAAAGUGCAGCAAACAAAGUUUAUACAGAAUGUGAUGGAAUGGAAUAUGAAUCUAGUGCUGUUAGACUGGAUCUCAGAAUUAUACCUAAUGAUAUGGAAUUUGAAGAUGAACCAAAAGAUUCUUGCGAAGAAAUGCCUACGAAAUACCAGCCCAAAUAUUUUACAACUUCAGCCUUGCAACAGGCUAAAGUUCAUCUAACUUGGGAUGAGACUAACCCAGAUAGAAUUGAUCUUGCUCAGAAAAUAAAUAGUGGUAAACUUGACGACUUGGACGAUGAUUUGUUAAGAAAUUUCGUAGCUUCAAGUGAAGAUGAAAGUGAGGAUGAAAAUCGUGAAAAAUAUAGUACACUUUUAAAAGAAAUUGAAAAUGAAGGGAAACAAGAAGAGGAUGAUGAUGUGGAAUUAGAAGCUACCUGGGACAUUGGUCUUGAAGAAAAAUCCAAGGAACCAGUGGAAAAAGAGGAUAAAACUCCCUUCCAACAAUAUUUAGAUAAAAGAAAGGAAAAACGAAAACAGAAGAAGAAACUUAAAAAACAAGAAAAUGAUGACAAGCUAGAAGAUUCAGAUAUACCCUCUGAUAUCGACAUGAAUGAUCCAUAUUUUGCUGAAGAAUUCAAUAAACCAGAAUUUACCAAAAAGAAAGAUAAGAAACACCAACGUGAAAAAAUUGAAAGUGACGAAGAAAAGGAUAAUAAUGAAGCUGAACUUCAACUUCUCUUGGCAAAUGAGGAAACAGACGGCAAAAAUCAUUUCAGUUUGAAGAAAAUUCAAGAAAAAGAAGACAAAAGUAAAAAGUCUAAAAAGAACAAAAAAAAGAAGAAAAAUGGGCAACAGGAAAUAAUGGAGAAUGAUGGAUUCAAGCUUAAUGUUGAGGAUCCUAGAUUUUCAGCUGUAUUUUCUAGUCAUUUGUACAGUAUCGACCCUUCAAAUCCACACUACAAAAAAACAGAAGCCAUGGAAACAAUUAUUAAAGAAAAAUUGAAAAGGAGCUCUGAGGUAGAUGACGAAGUUGUCAGUAAAAAGAGUAAAAUGGACGAAAGUAAAAGAAUGAAUACAGAGUUGGGAGUUUUAGUUAAAAACUUGAAGAGAAAAACUAAAGAAAUGUUGAAAAAUAAAUGAUCAUAUUCUA